AUGAUGAGCUGGUGGUCGUCCUCGGCCAACACGGCCCUGGACGAGCAGAUCGAGAAAGCCACGAGCAGCAGCCUUGAGGACAUUGCUCUUAACCUCGAAAUCUCCGAUGUUAUCAGAUCCAAGACGGUCGCGCCCAAAGAGGCUAUGCGCUCCCUCAAGAGGCGCAUCGGCAAUAAGAACCCCAAUACCCAACUCAGCGCGCUGAAUCUUACCGAUACCUGCGUCAAGAAUGGCGGAUCACACUUCUUGGCCGAGAUUGCCUCUCGCGAGUUCAUGGAUAACCUAGUGUCGCUUCUCCAAGCAGUCGGAGGUGCUGCAGUCAACGCCGAUGUCAAGUCUAAGAUCCUCGAGCUUAUUCAAUCAUGGGCUGGGGCUACUGAAGGCCGAUAUGAGCUUUCUUACAUCGGAGAGGUCUAUCGAACCUUACAGCGUGAUGGUUACCAGUUCCCUCCAAAGACCACUGUGGCUAGCAGCAUGAUUGACAGCAGUGCGCCUCCAGAGUGGACUGACUCGGAAGUCUGUAUGCGAUGCCGGACCGCCUUUACCUUUACCAACCGAAAGCACCACUGUCGAAACUGCGGAAACUGCUUUGACCAGCAGUGCUCGAGCAAGACCGUCGCCCUCCCGCACCUGGGCAUCCUUACCCCAGUUCGAGUCGAUGAUGGCUGUUAUGCUAAGCUCACCAACAAGGGCCACAAGAUCACCAACCCAUCCCUCGACCGAUCGCCCACCUACCCUCACAAGACUCGCAGUACCUCGGCCAUGCAACCCCGUAAUGCCCGCGUCGACGAUGGCUUUGAUGAGGAUCUUAAGAAGGCAUUGGCGAUGAGCUUGGAAGAAGUCAAGACCCAUUCUCGAGGCUAUGCUGAGCCUGCCCAAACUAGCUACGCGGCCAACGGUGACUCCUCGGCAGCCAAGCAAGCAGAAGAAGAGGACGAGGAUUUGAAGGCUGCGAUCGCAGCUUCUCUGGCAGAUAUGGAGGAGCAGAAGAAGAGACAUGCUGCGGCGCUCAAGGAACAAACAUCAGCCACGUCGAACCCCUCAACAACGACCAACUUUGUACUCCCCAAGAACGACUACGAGUUGACACCUGUGGAGGCGGAAAACAUCAACCUGUUUUCAACCCUUGUCGAUCGGCUUCAGACUCAGCCCCCGGGCACUAUCCUUCGCGAACCGCAAAUUCAAGAACUGUACGACAGCAUCGGCACAUUACGACCAAAGCUAGCACGAACUUAUGGCGAGACCAUGAGUAAGCACGAUACCUUGUUGGAUCUCCAUGCCAAGUUGUCAACAGUAGUCCGGUAUUACGAUCGCAUGCUCGAGGAGAGAUUGUCCAAGGCUUAUAGCCAGCAAAGCCUUGGUGGUUAUAACCUGCCACCUCCUCGUCAGGCGGCUGGCCCAUACCCCUCCAUCCCAUCCCACGUUCCUAGCAACCCUGCCGGUGCGGAAAGCUUUUAUACUGGCCAGCAAAGAGCUAGCUACCAGGCGCCUCCUCAACAUCAACUCUAUCAGCAACCCCCUCAAGCCAUCCCUCAGCAACAGUAUCCUCCUUACGGAUCUGCGCCAGAGCCUCAGCCGGGACAAUACCCACAGCCCCAGCAGCCCCAGCGGACUGGCAGCUGGCAGAACAGAGCGCCCUCGGCUCCUCAAGAUCCCUAUCAGCAACAACCCCCUCAGGAUCCUAACCAGCCAACGCAGACCCCACGACAAGCUCCGGCAGCACCUGCCAGUGACCCCAAUGCCUCUUAUUAUUUCACUCCCCAGCAACCGACUCCAGCGCCUGUGGGACCCUCAGCACCUGGACCUGCUCCUGAUGCUGCCCCAUCCCCGUACCCCAACUUGCAGCCAUCAAUGCAAUACCCUAGGGGAUCCAUUUCGGCUCCAUCACAACCAACUCCGGUCCAGACGCCGGCUCAGAUUGCUCAGCCAGCCCAACCAGUUCAAGCUCAACAGCCCCCCCAAGCUCCUCAGCAACCCCAGCAGCCUCUCCAGUCUCCCCCACAGCCACAGCAAACCCAAGCACCCCAGCCGUCCCAGCCGCAACCCUCGCAACCAGCCCAGCAAGCACCGACUUUGCAACAGCAGCCUUACUGGCAACCUUCUAUGCCCCAGCAACAUCAUCACCAGCCUCAGCAGCAGCAACCUCAACAACAGCCCCCAGCCGCGCAGCAAACUUGGGCAUACGGUGGCUACAACCAGGAGUCAUUCCCUUCGGUGCCGCAGCACGACCCUGUGCCGCAGCAGCCUGUUAAAGAGGAGGCAUUGAUUGAGUUGUAA